UUGUGAUUUGACUGUCGUUCCUCUAUGAGGCUCUGUUUCUCUCACUCUCUCCUUCCCUCCCUCUGUCCCAUGACAAAAGUAUUCAACAAUGGACUGAGUAAGAUAAAAGUUCAUAAUGUGACAUUCUGUAAAUGGAAAUGACUGACGUCAUUUGGCCACAACUCCACAAUGAAAUGCACUAGUUAAGUCCCAGACGUUACAGUGAAAGCCAAGGUAUGAGAACAAGGAAGAACCUCCAUUAUCAUGCAGCUUAUCUCCUGGAACUUGCACGUAUUUGUGACAGGAAGAAUCUGAAAUCACAUGGAUUUGCAGAUAGGGAAUAUUGGCUGUAUUCCUUGCAAAUCACGCGUAAGUAUAGGUUAUGUCGUGGAGAUGCCUUGGCAAGAUACUGGGGUAACAGUAUCUGGGCCGGCCCAGACGGCAUCCCCAGCCGCGUCCUCAGAGCAUGCGCAGACCAGCUGGCUGGUGUGUUUACGGACAUAUUCAAUCAAUCCCUAUCCCAGUCUGCUGUUCCCACAUGCUUCAAUAGGGCCACCAUUGUUCCUGUUCCCAAGAAAGCUAAGGCAACUGAGCUAAACGACUAUCGCCCGGGGCACUCACUUCCGUCAUCAUGAAGUGCUUUGAGAGUCUAGUCAAGGAUCAUAUCACCUCCACCCUACCUGACACCCUAGACCCCCUUCAAAUUGCUUACCGCCCCAAUUGGUCCAAACUUUCUGACGGGCCGCCCCCAGGUGGUGAGGGUAGGAAACAACAUCUCCACACCACUGAUCCUCAACACUGGGGCCCCACAAGGGUGUGUUCUCAAGACUCACAAACUUUUACAGAUGCACAAUCGAGAGCAUCCUGUCAGGCUGUAUCACCGCCUGGUACGGCAACUGCUCCGCCCACAACCGUAAGACUCUCCAGAGGGUAGUGAGGUCUGCACAACGCAUCACCGGGGGCAAACUACCUGCCCUCCAGGACACCUACACCACCCGAUGUCACAGGAAGGUCAAAAAGACCAUCAAGGACAACAACCACCCGAGCCACUGCCUGUUCACCCCACUAUCAUCCAGAAGGCGAGGUCAGUACAGGUGCAUCAAAGCGGGGACCGAGAGACUGAAAAACAGCUUCUAUCUCAAGGCAAUCAGACUGUUAAACAGCCAUCACUAACAUUGAGUGGCUGCUGCCAACAUACAGACUCAAAUCUCUAGCCACUUUAAUAAUUAACAUUUGGAUGUAAUACAUGUAUCACUAGUCACUUAAACUAUGCCACUUUAUAUAAUGUUUACAUACCCUACACUACUCAUCUCAUAUGUAUAUACUGUACUCUAUACCAUCUACUGUAAGUUGCUCUGGAUAAGAGCGUCUGCUAAAUUAUUUAAAUGUACUGCAUCUUGCCUAUGCUGUUCGGCCAUCACUCAUCCAUAUAUUUAUAUGUACAUAUACUUAAUCAUUCCUUUACACUCGUGUGUAUAAGGAAGUUGUUGUGAAAUUGUUAGAUUACUUGUUAGAUAUUAUUGCACGGUCGGAACUAGAAGCACAAGCAUUUCGCUACACUCGCAUUAACAUCUGCUAACCAUGUGUACGUGACCAAUAACAUUUGAUUUGAUGAUUUGGUUUGGGAGUUCCUGUGAAACCAGAGGGGUGUGUUACAUGGCACCGGGUUCAAGAGUGUGAGUCAAGAAGUGCAUGAAAACAUUGCUCAGUGUCAUGACAGGGAGGUUCCCAGCCAGCCUUGGUUGAUUAGCCAUACAGCAGUCUGUGUUGUUGUGGUUCAGACUCAGACGGAUGAGAAGCUUUCUCAAGGCACUAGCUGCAUGGAGGUCUGUUGUUGCUCUGAAAUGAGGUCCAUCGAAUCGUGCUGACCGUGAGAAAGAGGGGAGGGAAGAAAAAGAGGACAGAAGAGAAGCCAGAGUGAGGAGAUUGGGGAGGAGAGACCAACUCUGCAGCACUCUGAGCAGCUGGUUUUGUGGGUGAACGUGUGACAUCAUGGCUCAGGUGCUGCACAUGGACCCCAGCUUCCCAGGAGGGAAGCUUACCCCGUCCACUCCUCCCUCCCUGCAUGGGAAGGAGCAGGAGGCACCCUACUCUGUGGAGACCCCCUACGGCUAUCGUCUGGACCUAGACUUCCUCAAGUAUGUCAACGACAUUGAGAAGGGAAACACCAUCAAGAAGGUGCACGGUCAGCGCCGGCCCCGCUACGGGUCUCUCCCCCGGGGGUACGGCUACACAGGCUCCUGGUGGACUUCCACAGAGUCCCUGUGCUCCAACACCAGCCAGGACAGCCGCCAAUCAUCCUUCUCCUACUGCGCCCCGGGCUACCACCCACACAGCUCCCACUCCCACUCCCAGAGGCCCAGCUUCAGCACAGCCCGGGUGGAGAAGACCCUGCUGGACGCCCGCAGGAAGUUGGAGGAAGAGAAAGAAGGGGGCCCCAGGAGGUUCUCCAGCACACUGGGUAGCAUGCACAACAGCAUGGCCGGAUCCACCACCUCCCUGAGCAGCGCCCACAGCUACAACCGCACCCAUGGAGGAGGAACGGGCUCCUUCACCCCCAUGAGCUCCGGCCUGUCCACGCCCGUGUCGCCCACCCCGGCCCACCUGCAGCAUGUGAGAGAGCAGAUGGCCGUGGCUCUCAGGAAGAUCCGGGAGCUGGAGGAGCAGGUGAAGACCAUCCCUGUGCUCCAGGUGAAGAUCUCUGUGCUGCAGGAGGAAAAGAGGCAGCUAAGCGUCCAGCUGAAGAGCCAGAAGUUUCUGGGACACACCCUUGGCUUCGGCAGAGUGGGCCGGCCCCGAGGGGAGCUCUACAUCGACAUCCCAGAAGAGGAGGUGAGCUCUGGAGCUGGAGCCACCACCAGGGUUGCAGCAGGGCCUCUGUCCCCCACCACCCCCACCAGUCCUGAGGGCUCCAGGCCACAGGCAGACUCAGGCUGUGAGAUUGAGGACACAGUGAUCGUGGGUGGAGCGCGGCCGGCUGGGCAGAGGGAAGUGCGUACCAUUGGGGUGGGACCAGAGGAGGCGAGGGGCAGCCAGCAGGUGGAUGUGGGCAUUGGGGUGCAGGAGCAGGACCUGGGGCUGGUGCCGGAGACAGAGGCCCUGAAGAGCCAGGUGGGCCAGCUGGAGGGCCAGCUGAAGAGGAUGAUGCAGGAGCUGCAGGCUGCCCAGCAGCAGGUGCAGGCAGCUCAGAGGGAGAGGCAGGCUCAGGCCCCCCAGGCAAACCACUCGGUCAGGGCCACCAGUCUGAGCUGGCAGGAGCAGCAGGGACGCAGCCUGCAAACGGUAGUCAGCUUUACCCAGCAGCCCCAUCACCGGGCGCAGAGAACUGUGGGAAUCCAGGUGUACACGCUGGAGCAACCAGCCACUGUGGUGGGGGUGGGCACGUUGCGCCGAGCAGAGGGGUGCAGCUCCCCCUCCCUCCCUCCAGGUGGUACAGUCCUGGAGGGAACCCAAAGAGGACAUGCACAGGCCCUGGGCCCAGAGGAUGCAGCUGUUGAGCUGCCCAUCGCCAUCUCCUCCAAACAGGUCCGAGAGGUCCUAAGAAGUGAGCUGUCCACCUCUGUGCCUGUCACUAAUCCUGCCGUCGCCAUUGAUACCGUUGGUAAUCGGAUGGCUUUGCUGCAUCUGAAGGAAGGAGAGACAACCCAGCACACUGCCAUAAACACCGUCCAUUAUCAAGAAGACCCACCAGCUGCAGCAGCCUCUCCCCAGACCGCCCUGAGGUCCAUUAUGAAACAUAAGGCAGAAGGAGAACCUGGCUCUCCCUCCACCAAGAAGAACCUGCAGUUCACUGGAGUCAAUGGAGGGUAUGAGUCCACCUCCUCAGACGACAGUAGCAGUGAGAGUUCAGAGGAGAGUGAUGCCAGUGAAUAUCAUGAGACCACAGAGAAACUCCCAGAAGCACCAGAGUCUGCAGCGGGACAGCACCAGCAAGCAGCAGGAGUCCCAGUCUCCUCCACAAGGCUAGAGCAUGCCACCCCGCUCCCAGCCACUACCGUCCAACCACCAGCCUGCGAACCUGCCUCUGAGCGGAGCACCAGCCAAUCAGCAACCAUAAGCAUAGGACUGCAGCAUGUAGCCACCUUAUCACCAGCCUUGUACACUGCCGUGCAGCAAUGUGCCUCUGACUCUGCCCCCACUGAGACUACCUACCCGUCUCCAGCCAAUGACUGUGUCCGUCAGGGGAGUAUUGUCCAAUUAUCGGUCCCAGACCCCAUCCCUCAGGAGUGCACCUCCAUAAAUACUAGCACUGAACCCACUACACCUGAGCAGUGCACCAUCCAAUCAGCAGCUACCUGUUCUGCACCCCCCAAGCCACCCAGAUGCCAACCAGAAGCCACUAACCCGGAAGUAAAGCAGGGUGUCACCCAAUCAAAUACCACUGAUGUCACCGUUCAGCUAGAUGCCAUCAAAUUACAAACUACUGACCUCGCCCCUCAGCAUUGGGCCACCCAAUCGUCAGCUACUGAACAAAGCUCCCAGCAGAGGAAAGUCCAAUCAUCAGCCUCGACACCAGCACCUGGAAACGCCCCAAGUGCUGCUGGAGCAGCCAAUCAAGAAACCAGACUGGAGUUCAGUGAGAGCCUGAUGGCAUCUCUCCAUGCCCUGCAGAAAGCCCUGGGUGAACCAAAUGCUUUCAGCCAGCAAGCAGCGAGGACAGCCUACACCAUGGUGCUCCAGGAGUGGCUUCGUGUGUCCUGUCACAAGGCAGCUGACACUGCCGUGGUCAGGGCCUAUAUGGAUACCUUCUCCUCCGUCUCCCCACAGCUGCUGAAGUUUGUGGUCAAUAUGGCCGACGGCAACGGCAACACGGCCCUGCACUACACCGUCUCCCACUCCAACUUCCCUGUGGUCAAGCUGCUGCUGGACACUGGCCUGUGCAACGCUGACAAGCAGAACAAGGCUGGGUACACAGCCAUCAUGUUGACAGCUCUGGCUGCCUUCCACUCUGACAGUGACCUUCACACCGUCCUGCAGCUGCUGCGCACAGGGGAUGUGAACGCCAAAGCCAGCCAGGCGGGUCAGACGGCGUUGAUGCUGGCAGUGAGUCACGGGCGAGGGGACAUGGUACGGGCGCUGCUCUCCUGCGGGGCACAGGUCAACAUCCGCGACGACGACGGCUCCACGGCGCUCAUGUGUGCCUGCGAGCACGGCCACGUCGACAUCGUUCGUCAGCUGCUGUCUAUGCCAGGCUGUGAUGUCACCCUCACUGAUAACGAUGGCAGUUCAGCCCUGUCCAUAGCCCUGGAGGCCAGUCAGAAUGACAUCGCUGUGCUUCUCUACGCUCACCUCAACUUUGCCAAGCCUCCUUCCCCUGUAUCACCAAAGUCUCCUCUUUUGGGAUCCUCUCCCCCCUCUGGUGAAACAAAGUGACCACACUGUAAGAUACCUUUUGGUGAAUUUAGCAGCACCGCUUCAACCAGCUCCUCAACCAUUCCACCACAAGUGUUGAUAUCUGUGUAUAUGUGUGUGUGUCUGUGUGAGUCUGUCUGUGUGUAUUUGUGUGUGAGAGAGUGAUUGUAAUGGUCUUUUUCCUCUUCUCUCGAUCUGUUCUCUCUGUAUGUACUGUAUGUGCACGUCAGCAUGAAACCCAGCACUUGACACGAUCCUAACGCAUCUUUUCUUUAAAGAAAAAGGAAUUGAUUGUGACGCUAUACUCACAUAUAGUUCUUUACGCACAAGAGUCUGUUUUUUUGUUACAGUGUUGGUUGAAAUCAAUCUCAGAUAAUAUUCACGUGACAGAAUAAGCAAUUCCCAUUGUAACAGCUCAACACACAAACUCAACUCAGCAAUAAUCCCACUUACAUUCAUUUUGUGUUUUUUAUUGCCGCUAGAUAAGCAAGAUUGUAUUACUUUACCGUAGUUCAUUAUUGUAGCUUAUUUUUUGUUCAUAUGCAUUUGUUACUUAUUACUGUACUACGCAGUAUAUGUCAUUCUAUAUAUCAUUGAUAAUCGAUCAGUUGCAAUGACACAGUAGGAAUAUGUUGUGUCUCAUCACAAUCAUUUAUGAAAUGCCAAAAGUCACCCAUAUCACUGUAAAAUUAUUAAUUCACCCAUAUCAUUCUAAAACUACAAAAUCCCCCAUUUCAUUCUAAAAUACACAUAUCUCUCUGAAGUGUCCUUUAUCGAUUGUAUCAGUCAGCUGAUUGGUGCUAAAACAAUUCUGAUACAGGACUCCAGUUUAAUUCAGCACAAUAAAUCCAGAUUUCUACACAACCUUUAUUUACCCUAAAGUAUUUUUGAUAGUGUCUUUUUAUUCAAUCCAAAUUUCACAUAGGUAACGGUAUGGAUCUCCAACACUGUUAACAGAUGACAAACUUUACACACAGCAUUGACGAGGCCUACAGAACCCUUAUCAGGUUUCUGUUUAAAAGUAUGAUCUUAUCGGCUAACUUCCAACAACAUUUUAGUCGUGGUAACAGUUAACAAUUUUUUUCAGAAUUUUUAUCCAAAGAUCUUCCCCUCAUAACAACUCUUUUGUUACACUGUAUGUUGUGGUGAUCCGUUUGAGUGUAAAGAUAAUAAUAUGUAUUGACCAGACAGAUAACUCACAACAGAAUAUUUGGUAACAGCAGCAUUAUCGUUGAGGUCAAUAACAGCUGUAAUGUUCAUGAGAAGGCAACUAGAAAUAGUAGCUACUCUAACUCUCCAAUAAAGGUACUACAUUUCUGAAAUGAAA